UGGAACCAUCGGACAAAUGUGCAUUAAUUAUACCACCAGACAAAAAUGGCUUUAUAUCUCUGCACUACUCGUGUUCGAAUGUAAUCUUGAGUUCAGCCAAUGGUUGAUUGAUGAAUACGAGAAAUGCAAAUCAGAUUCCGAUCCUCCCUUACCCACAAUUCACGAUAAAGAUGGAUGGACGCCUCUUGCGGCUGCUGUAGCGUAUAAUCAACUUGACUUUGUUAGAUGGCUUGUCAGAAUUGAUCCGGAAGGUAUGAAGACACGAAACAAAGUCAAGAGAGGUGUGCUUCAUCACGCUGCUCUAAACCGCAAUAUUGAAAUUGCUUCUGUUUUCUUGGAAUUGUUGGAACCAUCGGACAAAUGUGCAUUAAUUAUAUCACCAGACAAAGAUGGCGCUAUAUCUCUGCACAACUCGUGUUCGAAGGGUCAUCUUGAGUUCAGCCAAUGGUUGAUUGACGAAUACGAGAAAUGCAAAUCAGAAUCCGAUCCUCCAUUACCCACAAUUCAAAAUAAAGAUGAAUGCACGCCUCUUGCGGCUGCUGUAGCGUAUAAUCAACUUGACGUUGUUAGAUGGCUUGUCAGAAUUGAUCCGGAAGGUUUGAAGACACAAAAUAAAGUCAAGAGAAGUGUGCUCCAUUACGCUGCUCUGAACGGCAGUAUUGUAAUUGCUUCUGUUUUCUUGGAAUUUUUGGAACCAUCGGACAAAUGUGCAUUAAUUAUAUCACCAGACAAAGAUGGCGCUAUAUCUCUGCACAACUCGUGUUCGAAUGGUCAUCUUGAGUUCAGCCAAUGGUUGAUUGACGAAUACGAGAAAUGCAAAUCAGAAUCCGAUCCUCCGUUACCCACAAUUCACGACAAAGAUGAACACACGCCUCUUGCGGCUGCUGUGCAGAUUAAUCGAUUUGAUGUUGUUAGAUGGCUUGCCAGCAUUGAUCCGCAAGGUAUGAAGACAAGAAACAAAGUCAAGAGAAGUGUGCUCCAUUACGCUGCUCUAAACGGCAAUAUUGAAAUUGCUUCUGUUUUCUUGGAAUUGUUGGAAACAUCGGACAAAUGUGCAUUAAUUAUAUCACCAGACAAAGAUGGCGCUAUAUCUCUGCACAACUCGUGUUCGAAGGGUCAUCUUGAGUUCAGCCAAUGGUUGAUUGACGAAUACGAGAAAUGUGAAUCAGAAUCCGAUCCUCCAUUACCCACAAUUCAAAAUAAAGAUGAAUGCACGCCUCUUGCGGCUGCUGUAGCGUAUAACCAACUUGACGUUGUUAGAUGGCUUGUCAGAAUUGAUCCGGUAGGUUGA